CAGGGCCCGCGGUGUCUGUGGUUUGUAGUCCUCGCUCAGGGCCAGAGAGGCGACAUCUAGAGUGCGGCGUUCUCGGGACAGCGGGACGCAGACUUAAGGGAAGACGAAAAGAAUCCGGGUCGGAUCGGACCCGAACCACCGACCAUUGCCCAUGGCAGCCCUAGGCCCCGGCAGCCAGAAUGUCACCGAGUACGUCGUUCGAGUCCCUAAGAACACCACCAAGAAGUAUAACAUAAUGGCUUUCAAUGCAGCUGAUAAAGUCAACUUUGCUACUUGGAAUCAGGCUCGGCUGGAGCGGGACUUGAGCAACAAGAAAAUUUACCAAGAGGAGGAGAUGCCUGAGUCGGGCGCGGGCAGCGAGUUCAACCGCAAGCUUCGGGAGGAGGCUCGGAGGAAAAAGUACGGCAUCAUCCUCAAGGAGUUCCGGCCCGAGGACCAGCCCUGGCUGCUCCGUGUCAAUGGCAAAUCGGGCAGGAAGUUCAAAGGCAUAAAGAAGGGAGGCGUGACAGAGAAUACAUCCUACUACAUCUUCACCCAGUGCCCUGAUGGGGCCUUUGAGGCCUUCCCUGUGCACAACUGGUACAAUUUCACGCCAUUGGCCCGGCACCGCACACUCACCGCUGAGGAGGCCGAGGAGGAGUGGGAGAGGAGGAACAAGGUGCUGAACCACUUCAGCAUCAUGCAGCAGCGGCGGCUCAAGGACCAGGAUCAGGACGAGGACGAGGAGGAGAAGGAGAAGCGCGGCCGCAAGAAGGCCAGCGAGCUGCGCAUCCACGACCUGGAGGACGACCUGGAGAUGUCGUCCGACGACAGCGAUGCUAGCGGCGACGAGGGCGGCAGAGCUCCCAAGGCCAAGAAGAAGGCUCCGCCAGCCACGGCGGGCAGGAAGAAGAAGAAGAAGAAGGGCUCGGAUGACGAGGCCCUGGAGGACAGUGAUGACGGCGACUUCGAGGGCCAGGAGGUGGACUACAUGUCCGACGGCUCCAGCAGCUCCCAGGACGAGACGGAGGGCAAGCCCAAGGUCCCGCAGCAGGAGGACGGGCCCAAGGGCGUAGAUGAGCAGAGCGAGAGCAGCGAGGAGAGCGAGGAGGAGAAGCCCCCCGAGGAGGAGAAGGAGGAGGAGGAGGAGAAGAAGGCCGCCACGCCUCAGGAGAAGAAGCGCCGGAGAGACAGCAGCGAGGAGUCUGACAGCUCGGAGGACAGCGACAUCGACAGCGAGGCCUCCUCUGCCCUCUUCAUGGCGAAGAAGAAGACGCCCCCCAAGAGGGAGCGGAAGCCGUCCGGAGGCAGCUCGCGGGGCAACAGCCGCCCUGGCACACCCAGCACCGAGAGCAGCAGCACGUCCUCCACCCUGCGGGCUGCCGCCACCAAGCUAGAGCAAGGGAAGCGGACGAGCGAGCCGCAGGCCGCCAAGCGGUUACGGCUGGAUCCCGGACCCCAGAGCUUGUCCGGGAAGUCGACCCCCCAGCCGCCGUCGGGGAAGUCGACGCCCAGCAGCGGUGACGUGCAGGUGACUGAGGACGCCGUGCGCCGCUACCUGACGCGAAAGCCCAUGACCACCAAGGACUUGCUGAAAAAGUUCCAGACCAAGAAGACGGGGCUGAGCAGCGAGCAGACAGUGAAUGUGCUGGCGCAGAUCCUCAAGCGCCUCAACCCCGAGCGCAAGAUGAUCAACGACAAGAUGCACUUCUCCCUGAAGGAGUGACAGCCUGCUGCCACUGCCCUGCCCUCCCAGUUAAACAGGCUCUGCUCUCCAGAACUUCUCAGACUGUCACGCUCCACGUGCUCAUUGAACCCGUGUGCGUCCACUGCCUAUCUGUGGUUCUGCUCCCUGAGCCCCUGGACCUUGGUGCUACCAAUUCUGGAAGAGCCUGAGCAGUUUCCUCCUCCAUUUGCUUCUCCCCAGCUCCUCCGCCUGUUAGAUCUCAUUCUCCUCCUCAUGGCUCAUCCCUGCACACUGAGCAUGCCUCUGUGCUGCCACUGGGUAGCUUUUCUUUCUUUUUGGUGGCUCUCUGGUGUGGGGAUCCGAACCGUUGACCUUGGUGUUGUUAACACUAGGCUCUACCCAACUGAGCUAAUCGGCCAGCCCAACCACUGGGUAACUCUGCAGCUCUGUCUUCCCCUUCACUAAUUCUCUCUCUAGCAGUUGCUUAUUUACCUUGUAACCCAGUAAAUAGUUUCAGUGACUCCA